AAUCAGCAACUCUUCUUGUGCAGUCAAAUACUGUAGGGCCGCCCGUGGUGGAUCAAAUCUGUCCCGCACGUUUUUCCGACGGGUGCAGUGAGGAUGCUCCUUCUCACUGUGCUGGUGGUGGCGGCAUCAGGGUCCGCUAGUGGCACCCCGGGGAUGAUCACUUACGUCUCCAACAGGAGAGAGGGGAAGAAUGAGCCGACUUCUGUCAUGUACGGAUCUCCUGAACCGACUUAUGGUUCCCCAGAGAUGAGCUAUGGUCCUCCUCCCCAGUCCUAUAAAGUGCAGGCCCCGAUGGUGUACUUGGUACCUCAUCAAAUGCCAAAGAAGAAGCCGAAAGAAAAAGAGGUCGAAGAAGAAGUAGAAGAAGAAGUAGAGGAGGAAGAAGAAGAAGAAGAAGGUAAAAAGGGGAAACCAGCAGAAACUAAAGAAGAAAAGAAAUGUGCCGUCCGACUCCUUCUUCCGCCGCUGAUCAUUAUAACGAUCUUCAUCGGGUGUAUCUUAAUACAACUGGUGAUACCUACCGUCACGGAAGCGGUCUUGGCCCCGGUGGUGAACCCGCUUGUGGCGGUGAUCCAGGCAAUUACUCUACAGACGCCCGUCACUGUCAUACGCAGUGGAAGAUCAAUGCCGGGCAAUGAUGUCCCCGAUUCUGCACUGCAAGCAUUCGAUUCGCUUUUCCAACUGACAGUGCGAGUCACCGAAGUGCUGUCCAACGAGUCCUGUUUUGCUGCGAUGCUGUGCGAGGCCGCCGCUGCCGUCCCUCAACCCGACUUGUCGUCCAGAGUGCUGAAGUUUCUGGUGCCUUAUCGCUACCACAGCUACGUAGACAUCCUCACGGGGGGCAAGCAGCGCUGCAGGAAGCUGUAUCCCUGCCACAUAUGGCCCGAGCGUCCCAACAAAAUGCAGGCCAACGGCUUUUUAUCCAAUCAAAAACUUAGACAAAAUGUUACAGUACAACCGCAAUUCAAUGAAACGACAGACUCAAAUGAAUUUUCCAACCAAAUCUGGCGAUGAUUAGUAUUUUUCUGCUCGUCUAUAUAAGCUCAAUAAUUUCAAUCGUACGACUACACAUUUUAUCUCAUUCGACUUAUUUGGUUCAUGUUGAACUAUGCACAGCUUCGAUAUUGUUGAGCAAUGCCAGACGUAUUAUAGUAACUUAUUUUAAUUUAUUAUUUAGUCUAAGGCAUUGAGUAAGUAUUUGAGUGCUUUAAUGAAUCAUAAAUCACAUUUGAGAAAGAACAAUGAUUAAUUAACCUGACCAGAACAUCUCGUAUACAAAUAAAAACAAGAAUAUAUAAAACAAUUCCGACAAUUCUGAAGUCAGUAAGCUGUUGUCAAAAUCCAUGCUAUUGUAAGACGUUCGCAGGAUCUCGAUAAAAUACUUUUUACUUUUCUCUGCGCUUAAUUCCAAAUCUGAGAUGAGGAACACGAUUUGCAGGUCUAUUUCAGGCUCGCCUCGUUUUUCAUGCUAUCUAGCAACAAAAAAUCUCUCUUUGAGAGAAGAGGCCAAUUAAAUCAUUGCUCAAAAAGCAAUACCAGCACAUAGCGAUAGGGGGCCUGGGCUGGCGACGAUUCAAUUGAAUUCGACGAAUGUAAAGUUGCAUUGUUUGCCGUUGCCUCGGUAUACAAAUUUAAUUAUAAGGAAGUUUCACUGAUAUAUUAUUACAUAACGAAAGAUUUUCCAUUUCAUGUGUAAAAGAUAAUAAAUUGUUUGUUGCUUCAACUUUAUAUGAAAGUUUUGGUCCGCUGAGAGGAAACUAAAGACCGAUCGAUGCUUCUGCUGCAAAACAAGUAUCGACAAAAAAACGUAUGCAAUAUUUUUCAUAAAUUUAUUUCAUUAUUUAAUUUUAAUUGAUCAGGACGUCUUUUAAUUUUAAAUCUAAUAUCUUUUUCCUCGCUGGAGUCGAGUUUCCUUUAGAAUCUCUACCUGCGAAGUAUUGUCAUUUUCUAAGUAAGCGGUUCAGCAUCGAUUUAAAGUGAAUUAUCUCUGGAUUUAAAUAUUAUUUCGAUAGGUUUUAACUCCUACACAUCGACUUCUUUAUCAUAAACUGGUUCCUGUGCUCCAAUUAAGAAUCGAUUUGAAUAAACCCUCAACUUCCGUAAACGGUAAUUUCGAUAAUAUUCAAGAGUAAACUUUAUAAAUGAAUACUAUUUUUUGG